CACACACACACACACAAGCAUGUACACAAGAACACAUUCAGAAACAUCCUGCGUGUGUGUAACUAUAUUCUUCCGAUGAGCAUUCAUUUUGCAAAACCGAUGGAAUAAAAUCUAAAUCACUAAUGAAGUGGUAAGGAAAAGGAAAACUCAACAUGCAUUCUCUCUAGAUAACCUACCCGCCACCAUGGGGGAUGGAGAUAUGGAGUGCUUUGGCCCUGCGGCCAUUUACCUCCGCAAGCCAGAGAGGGAACGUAUUGAAGCCCAAACAAGACCCUUUGAUGCCAAAACGGCUUUCUUUGUGGUUGACAAAGAAGAAGAUUAUGUGAAAGCAGUUCUACAGAAACGAGAUGGUGGCAAAGUCACACUCAAAACUCUGGAGGGUGAUAAGAGCAAAGAAGUCACGGUGAAAGAAGAUGAAAUCUUCCCCAUGAACCCUCCAAAGUACGACAAAAUUGAGGACAUGGCCAUGAUGACCCACCUCCAUGAGCCUUCUGUGUUAUACAACCUCAAAGAGCGUUUCGCAGCAUGGAUGAUCUAUACCUACUCUGGGCUGUUCUGUGUCACUGUGAACCCCUACAAGUGGCUCCCAGUGUACGAUCAAGUUGUUGUUAAUGGAUACAGAGGCAAGAAGAGGAUUGAGGCUCCACCCCACAUCUUCUCCAUCUCUGAUAAUGCCUAUCAAUUCAUGCUCCAAGAUCGUGAGAAUCAAUCUGUCCUUAUUACUGGAGAAUCCGGUGCAGGGAAAACUGUGAACACUAAGCGUGUCAUCCAGUACUUUGCAACAAUUGCAGUGUCUGGAGGAAAGAAAGAAGCGCCAGCGACAGCUGGAAAAAUCCAGGGGUCACUGGAGGACCAGAUCAUUGCUGCCAACCCUCUACUGGAGGCUUAUGGUAAUGCCAAGACUGUGAGGAAUGACAACUCCUCCCGUUUUGGUAAAUUCAUCAGAAUUCAUUUUGGCCAAACUGGCAAGCUGGCUUCUGCUGAUAUUGAGACUUAUCUGCUGGAGAAGUCAAGAGUGACAUUCCAGCUGUCUGCUGAGAGGAGCUACCAUAUCUUCUACCAACUCAUGACUGGGCACAAGCCUGAGCUGAUUGAGGCCCUGCUUAUCACCCAAAACCCCUAUGAUUUCCCUAUGAUCAGCCAAGGUGAAAUCACUGUCAAGAGCAUUGAUGAUGUGGAGGAGUUCAUUGCAACUGAUACAGCUAUUGACAUCCUGGGUUUCAAUGCUGAGGAGAAAAUUGGCAUCUACAAACUGACUGGAGCUGUAAUGCAUCACGGUAACAUGCAUUUCAAGCAAAAGCAGAGAGAGGAGCAGGCUGAGCCCGAUGGCACUGAGGUGGCCGACAAAAUCGCCUACCUCAUGGGCCUGAACUCUGCUGACAUGCUGAAGGCUCUGUGCUACCCCAGAGUGAAGGUCGGAAAUGAGUUUGUGACCAAAGGCCAAACUGUACCACAGGUGAACAAUUCGGUUUCAGCUCUUUGUAAGUCAGUAUACGAGAAAAUGUUUUUGUGGAUGGUCAUUCGUAUCAAUGAGAUGUUGGACACCAAACAAGCAAGACAGUUCUUCAUUGGUGUGCUAGACAUUGCUGGAUUUGAGAUCUUUGAUUUCAACAGCUUGGAACAACUGUGUAUCAACUUUACCAAUGAGAAACUGCAACAGUUCUUCAACCACACCAUGUUUGUACUUGAACAAGAAGAGUACAAGAAAGACGGAAUUGUGUGGGAAUUCAUUGACUUUGGUAUGGAUCUGGCUGCCUGCAUUGAGCUUAUUGAGAAGCCACUGGGCAUCUUCUCCAUCCUUGAAGAGGAGUGCAUGUUCCCCAAGGCUUCAGAUGCUACCUUCAAGGGCAAGUUGUAUGAUCAGCAUCUUGGCAAAACCAAGUGCUUUGAGAAACCCAAACCAGCAAAGGGUAAGGCAGAGGCCCACUUCUCCCUUGUGCACUAUGCUGGCACUGUGGACUACAACAUCAGUGGCUGGUUGGACAAGAACAAGGACCCAUUGAAUGACUCCGUUGUGCAGCUGUACCAGAAGUCUGCAAUGAAACUGCUGGCCUUCUUGUAUGCAGCCCAUGGUGGUGCUGAAGCUGAUGCUGGUGGUGGUGGUGGCAAGGGUGGCAAGAAGAAGAAGGGUGGCUCCUUCCAGACGGUGUCUGCUCUUUUCAGGGAGAACUUGGGCAAGCUAAUGACCAAUCUGAGGAGCACCCAUCCUCACUUUGUGCGCUGCUUGAUUCCUAAUGAGUCUAAGACUCCUGGUUUGAUGCAGAACUUCCUGGUCCUUCAUCAACUGAGAUGUAAUGGUGUGCUGGAGGGUAUCAGAAUCUGCAGAAAGGGCUUCCCCAGCAGAAUCAUUUAUGCUGACUUCAAGCAGAGAUACAAAGUGCUGAAUGCCAGUGUUAUCCCAGAGGGACAAUUCAUUGACAACAAGAAGGCUUCAGAGAAGCUCUUGGGUUCCAUUGAUGUGGACCACACACAGUACAUGUUCGGCCACACCAAGGUGUUCUUCAAAGCUGGUCUGCUGGGUGUCCUUGAAGAGAUGAGAGAUGAGAAGUUGGCAGCUCUGGUCACAAUGACUCAGGCUCUCUGCCGUGCUUACCUGAUGAGGAGGGAGUUUGUCAAGAUGAUGGAAAGGAGAGAAGCUAUCUUCACCAUCCAGUACAAUAUCCGCUCAUUCAUGAAUGUGAAAAACUGGCCAUGGAUGGGAGUAUACUUCAAGAUCAAGCCACUUCUGAAGAGUGCUGAAACUGAGAAGGAACUGGCGGAAUUGAAGGAGAAAUAUGGGAAAAUGAAGACCGACCUGGAGGUUGCCCUUACAAAGAAGAAGGAAUUAGAGGAGAAGAUGGUUUCCUUGCUCCAAGAAAAGAAUGACCUGCAAUUAGCCGUAGCAUCUGAAUCUGAGUGUCUCUCCGAUGCUGAAGAGAGGUGUGAGGGACUUAUUAAGAGCAAAAUCCAGCUGGAGGGGGGCAGCCCGCACAUCGUCCAGAAAUCAGGGCUCAAGGCACUUGUCCCUAAAGAGGAUGUAAUCAUGGAAACGUCAGUAGUGUAA